GGUUUUGCGCCUAAGAUGCUCUUGAAGAUCGCGAGGCCUCGCAUUUCCCUCGCGCGCUACACGAGGAGUUCCUUUUGCUCCAGUGCCGCGCACGAAAGAUCGGAAGCUCGGGAGGCUUCAAGGAAGCGAAUCAAGCUCCAGCGCCUCGAGGAGAAGUCGCGGCGGCGCAAAUUCCUGGCAGCUCUCAAAGACUGCAAGGAUCUCGGCAAGCUCGUCCAGCUCCACGCCGAGGCAGCGCAAACCGGCGAUGACACCAACGUUUUCGUGGCGAGCGCGCUCAUCGGCAGCUAUGCCAAGCUCGGCAGCGUGGCGGACGCUCGCAAAGUCUUUGACAAGCUCCCACAGCCCGACCUUGUGUCGUGGACGGCGCUCCUGGCCGGGUACGCUGACCGCGGUGAUGCGCAAGAGGUUUUACGUUUGUUCCUGCGAAUGCAGGCUCAGGGAUGCGUGCCGGAUGCCCGAGCUUUCGUGCUCGCGGCCAAAGCUUGCGGUGCGCUAGCGUCGAGCGAGCAAGGGACGCAGCUUGGAGGUGGCAAGGCCGUGAAAGCUGUAGCUCUGGAGCAAGGAAUGGCGAUCCACGCUCAAGCCGAGAGCGCUGGCUGUGACAAGGAGCUCUUCGUUGGAAGCAUGCUAGUCGACAUGUACACGAAGUGUGGGAGCACUCUGGAUGCUCGACGGGUUUUCGACAGGAUGGAGGGACACGACGUGGUUUCGUGGACUGCUCUCGUGCUUGGCUAUGCCGAGAGUGGUGAAGCGGAGAUGGCACUGGAAGUUUUCUCGCGGGCUCGGCGGAGACAAGGCUGCGAACCGAAUGCUCGGACUUUUCUAGCAGUGAUAAAGGCUUGCGCUAGCUUGGCUGCGAAGGAAGAAGGGACACAGGUCGAGGGGAGGCUUGUCAAGUUGAAGACUCUCAAGAGGGGCAUGGCUCUUCACUCCCAAGCUCUCGGCAGUGGCUCCUGCGAGUUCGAUGCUUUCGUCGCAAGUACGGUGGUGGACAUGUACGGGAAGUGUGGGAGCUUGGUGGACGCAAGGAUGACCUUCGACAGGAUUCCAUUUCUCGACGUUGUUCUGUGGAACGCUCUGAUGCGGGCUUGCGCGGAAAACAACGAGGAGCGCUUGACGCUCGAGCUCCUGCGGUGCAUGAGGAGCGGAGGUCCAUCUCCGGACGAGCAGAGCUUUGCGGUCGGUCUCGGCGCAUGCAGCAGCAACGCAGCACUGGAAACUGGCAAGGCGAUCCACUCGGAGAUUUGCAGAGAUGGUGUGGAGAGCGACGCGGUUGUAGCAAACUGUCUGCUGGAUUUCUACGCCAAGUGUGGGAACAUGGUGGACGCUCAUCGGAUUCUCGAGGCAAACCACAGGAGGACCGCGACAUGGACGUCGCUCAUCGCAGGAUACAGCCGCCAAGGCGACUCCAAGCAGGUGUUCGAGCUCUUCCACGCUAUGGAGGACGAAGGCCUGGAGAUCGACUGCGUCACUCUCGUCUGCGUCCUCACCGCUUGCAGCCACGCCGGCCGCGUCGAGCAAGGCAAGAAGCUGUUCCAGGAGAUGAGCUCCAAGCAUGGGAUCACUCCAGGGGAGGAGCACUACGUGUGCAUGGUCGAUAUGCUGGGCCGAGCGAAUCGACUGGACGAAGCAGUGGGCUUGCUCGAGAGGAUGCCGCACAGGCCGAGCUCGGUAGCGUGGAGGGCAGUACUGGCGGCCUGCAAGAAGUGGAAGAAUGUGGGCUUGGGAAAGGUGGCUUUUGAGUCAUUGCUGGAGCUCGGAGAGCGUGAUCCGGCAACUUACGACUUGAUGGCAAGCAUAUAUGGGAGUUCAUCAUCAUCAUCAACCAAAGAGAGAACGAGAUCUCCAUGAAAGAGAGGUGUUUGUCUUUCUUUUCUUUGGUUUUCUAUUCAGAGCUACCCUAAACACAGAUAUGGCGGAGGCUGUGAUCGUAGGCGCCUUGGCUCCCGGUGUCAAUAGACCAACAUGGACGGCUUUUAGAAACGUGAUGAUCUCCUUGUCCGUGGUUCUAGCCGUGCAGCUUGCAAUCGCAGUGCAGUGGAGCAGUAACGAGCUGCUGCUCCAUGUCUGCUGCCUCACAGCUCUCGCAGCAACGCUCUUCCUUCUCCUCAAAUGGUUUGUCUCCGAGACUGGACUGGUUACUGUCCAGCAGCAAAUGGACGAGCUCGGAGCUCUCAACAACAAGGCACAGUGAGAGCUUGGUUACGUUGGCCGGUUCAAGCUUCUCGGUUAGGAGAUAAGCACGAGUGGAUAGACAAAAGGGGUGGGAAGGCAUUGGCUAUGGCGACGGCAGGCUCAACCUUCGUCACCAUUCCAAACUCACGCGUCAGGCAUUGUUCCCGGCAGCACAAGAGCAAGCAAUUCGGUCUCCAGGUACGUGCAGUGAGCAGCGAGGAGGAAGAGUUUGAGGCCCGGCUAGCAAGGAUCCAGAGGAAGUCCGCUGCUGGAAAGAAGGCUGCGGCACGCAGGGCGAAGAAACUGGAAGGCAGCGGGGGCGCCAGCAAAGGAGGCAAGGCGUUGUUGCUACCGCCGGUGCCUCUCGAGGAUGCCAUCUCGGAGGGUCUAGUGGUGGAGCUCGGGUUUAAUCCAUACACCGAGAGGCUCAAUGGAAGGUUUGCGAUGCUCGGCUUGGCGGCGCUGCUCCUGGUAGAGCUAGCAACGGGCAGCAGCUUUGUCAAGUACCAUGAAGCAGCGAUAAUUGGGAUCCAGGCCUACACCAUGCUCGCCAUAGCUGCGUUGUUUGUCAAGUAUGAGAAGGAGAAGAGAAGUGUUUGGCCGCCCCAGGCCUGAUGAUUCGUGAAGAAAAGUUGAGCUCCAGCCAUUCGCUGAUUGUUCUUGGUCCAUCAUCGUGAUGAUAAACGAUCAAACUCUAUAUAUGACAUCUCCAGUGAGGUGUGAGAUGGGGUCACAAAGCCCUCUCUGGCGUUGCAAAAUUCCAGCCCAGACCUCAUUGCCUUUCUCAGUGAA